AUGGCUUCGAAUUUGUCCACUCGAGCGGUCAGGUCCGCCUGCAUCGCAUCGAGAGCCGCUACUCGUCCCAUUGCGACCCUUGGCCACCGCCGCACCUUCGCCUCGGGCCCAGAAUCCUCGACCGGCGAGGCCGCUCCGCCUCGAUGGUCAUACACUCCGCCGCGCACGAAGGCGCCAUUCAGCCUGCGGAUGCACUCGAAGCGCCCCGAUUUCCACGUCAAUGCAGACCCGGCCGUGCUGGACCAGUUCUAUACCCGCAUGCUGGGCAAUGAGGGUGAGAAGAUGCUCUCGGAGGAGACGAAGUGGCUGGCUGUUACGCAUAAGAGCUUCGAUCAAGGACGCCGAGGGUUCAACGAUCGAUUGGCCUUCCUCGGAAAACGGAUCGUGCAGUUGCAGGCUUCGCUCGCUCUCGUGCAAAACCCCGCGACCGCGACCUCACCCAUGGAGAAGGACGAGCAUGGUCGCGUGCCAUUUGCUCACCCGGCGCUGGAUGGACUGAAGAACCUUUCUUCAAGCACCAAGAGUUUCCUGACGGACCGGGCAAAGCUGGCUGAGCUUGCGCAAAAAUACGAUAUGCAGAAGGUCCUUCGCUGGUCGCCCAGAAAGCCCGACAACCUCCACGCUUCCGGCCUCGAGUUGGUUCUGGCGCACACCAUGUACGCGGUCGUGGGUGCGGUUUCGUUGGAGAAGGGAGGACACAUUGCGAACAAGGUGGCUCAGGAGCGGAUACUCGAGCCCUUGGGAAUCAAGACGGUCUCGUGA